UUUUGGCACGAUUUUUCGGAAAAUUUAAUUGAAAUUUAUCAAAAUAACAUAAAAACAAUUUAUAUUUUUUGACAAGUGUUUAAAUUCAUCGGCGAAUUUUGUAUAUACGAUUUUCACACAAUCACAUUUGACUCAUUCGAAUUUCACAAUACCCUGAAAUUGUAUAGCGAGGUGGAUGUUUGUAUUGAAUUGUAUACGAGCUUAUUAUUUAUCACAUCAAUGCAAGUCAAUGAAUCGCAUAAACCAUGAAAUAAAUAUUAUUUUUUCUUUUUCAGUCAAAUCGAAACUAACUGGAAAUCAUUUGAACAAUUGAUCUGUGAUAUUUUCGAUAUUCUCAAUGGGGUCGAAUAACGAAAAUCAAUCAUACGCCGACAAAUGUUUUGUGAUCGAAGGAGAGUCCGAACAUCAACGAAAAAUCUAUUCCACACAAGUUGGCCUAUUUGGUGAUAGCAUAAAAGCAGUUGAAGUUAAAAACAUUCGGCACAUUGAUGACAAUCAUUGGUUCGUUCAACUGUUGGAUAAACACACGUCAAAUCUGGAAAAGCUGUGCUUCAAGACGUGUUCAUUUAAAAAUGUUGACGAUUUUUUAUCACGACAUACAAAUAUCACACACUUGGCGUUUCGCAGUGGAUCGUGUGAGGAGAAAUAUCGCAUUCAAUUACCUGAAUACCGCAAUUUAAAGUCGUUGCAAAUUUUCAAAUUUUCGCAUAUAUCCAAACCAUCACUGGAGAAAGUGCUUAUGAACAAUUCACAAAUGGAACGAUUGACUCUCAGUUUUUGUGAUCAUUAUUUCACAUUGCAAAACAUCAUGGAACUGGUUUGCACACACCUGAACCAUUUGAAGGAAUUGAACAUACUGGACUGCUAUAGCUUUGGUAUGGAUUUUUCGCCCGUUAGUCUCAGAGAUCAAUUUGUAAGUGUUCUAAAAUCAUUAGAGUCAUUCGGAAUGACGAGCUUCAAUGAGUGCAGUAAAGAUUUGCUGCAACAAGUGAGCUCCAGCUGUACAGAUAUCAAAAGCUUGGAGCUGUAUAAUUUUCGCGGGCAUUUCAAUAAAGAAUUAAUCGAAGCAGUUUGCUCAUUUGAUCAAAUUGAAACACUUUCGUUAUUGUACUGUUCAUACCAAGACCAACUUGAGUCGAUCAUUGAAAACUUGCCGAAUUUACGUUGCUUGUACCUUCAAAUUCUCACACAUCGCACUAACACUCAAAUUCUAUCGAUCCUGCGCAAAUGUAAACAUUUAGAAAAACUUGUGAUCGACUCUGAAAGAUCAUCAGAAACACGCGAUGAAGAUGAAUCAGUUUACAAUAAAAAUGUACAUUUCCAUGGUGAAUUUAUCGAGGCCAUACCAAAUUCAGACUUCAGAUUGGAAUUCAAAGAAUACGGGGAGGUUAUUGGAGUCAUAACGAAAGAAGAAAUCAUUUGGAGGAAUAAGCUAUUGCACUGGGUUGGCUACGAUCCGAUCCAUAGUCGCUCGAAUUUGCGAUUGUUGGAUUUGAUCACAAUUCCGGAAGGGUCAACCGGUAAACAUAAACAGCCGCUCAAUUUGAUUUUCAAUUAUUUGGAUUUGGAUAGCCUUUACUCCUUCUCUAUGGCUAGUAAAGAGUGCAAGCAACUGGUUCACGGUUACAUUUACCAGCGUUGUAAACAAUCCUCCAAGAAACGUCCGAACCAACGAUCCAUAGAACGACAGAAAUUUGUUUUGACAGACGAAUACGGCAUCAAUUACAAAGGAUUGCGCAUGUUUGGAAAGAACAUAAGAUUUUUGGAGGUGAACCUAUUGGAUUACAGAGUUAAGGAUCUACUGAAAGAAAUCGAAAAACACUGUAAACAUUUAACCACAUUGUGUUUUCGCACACACCGUCAUAUUGAUCCGUAUCGCUUUAUUUUACCACAAAUACGUCAUUUCGUCUUCUACGAUCACAGUUACAGUUUAAAUGGUAUAUUCGAAUGCGAUUUAAGUAAAUUAUCACAACAAUGCCCAAAUUUAGAAAUAUUCGAAAUGAAAACCGUAGCCAAACUUUAUACAGGAAAUUGGAAAAAACCACUUUCAUUCGAAAAUUUACAAAAAAUCAAGUUCAAACCCGUGGAUGAUUCCCAAGUGAAAUAUGCUAAAGAAUUAUUUAAAAACUCUAGCACAAAAGUUAUUGUUGAUUGUUAAUCAUUUCUUUAUAUAUGUGAAAAUUUAAUGAAUAAAAUGUUUAAAACAAAACUCAA